AGGGUAUCUGUGUGCCAAGCUGUGAAGUGUUUUUAAGUUUAAAAGCAACAAUUUGAAAUGAGCAUGGAAACAAAUUGGAAACCCAUACACUUGGCAAAGUACAGGCAUACAGUGAUUAGGAUUCCUAGCAUGUGUAUAUUGGACUAAUUAUAGUUUCUGAACAGCCCAAUAUAUAAUACGUUACACAAGUCUAAUCUGGAAGUUAACAAAACCAGGGGUUAAGGCCAGAUUACCUUUAAGCAUUUGUGCCUCCAGUUGGUUCAGCAGCCUAGGGUGUUGGAAGCCACUGUUGACACCUCCGAUGUCAAAGAUAUAUUAACGAAUAUGGCAAAUAUACUGCAGAGGAGAGGAACUUCCACCUCAUUGCCAGUUCCUGGUGACCGUGUCAGGAGGAUUGCUCUGUUCACAGUUGCUUGAGACCAAGUGACAUCAGGGGUAUGGCCCAUGCCCUUUUGUUAUUCAAACCACAGAGUGCUGAUGAAGAUCAUCUGUCUACCCAUCCAUUUUGGUUGCUCACCACAGUGCUACUACGUGGUUCACAACAUCAUCCAUCCGUAGGCUGUGCAUAGUAUUUUACCGUGAGAAAGACAAGGAAGGGAGACCUCAACCCUGUGCUAAGGACCUCUUGAACUGAGUUAGGCAAAAACUGCAGUGUGGUCUCUCUCACUCUCUUUCUUGCUUAGCACACUUUCUCACAUUUCAUUUCACAAAGCACAUGCCUGAACGGGGAAAUUCUAUGUGAGAAGCAUCCUUUGAAACAUCUUUACCUGAGAUCAGUGAAGUGGAAACAGGCUCACCAUGGAGCCUACUUAGACAUUCUCCUAGUUUGUGCAUUGCAAAGCUUAUUUUGAGUUCUGUCUUCAAGGUCCUGCAGCCUUGGUGCUGGGACUUCAGAGGUGGAGCUCCCCGCCCCCCCCAAACACACAAUGACCCAUGCUAGCUGCUUCUUCAAUGUCGGAAUUUGGACUCAGAAGGAAAAGGAUGUGUUUUGGGGGUGGGGAGCAGGCUGAUACCAGUGGUUUAUACCAUAUUCAGACAACAGGGCAGUCUCCUCCUCCCCCUCCAUGCCAGUUUAUCUAGACUGCCAAAAACUGUUGUUGAGAUAAAAUGUAGGGUGCAAGGUCCACCAGUGAAAAAGAUCACUGUCACCCCACUCUGUAUAUUGAAUGCUAGUAAGCCUGAUGGUAUGGUGGCACUGGAUUGUGCCAUAUGAUGUUGAGGAGGAGGAGCAGAUUACUGUCUCCUGAUCAGGUUGGGUUAUAUGGUAUGUUAGGUAUGCAACAAAAUAUGUAAAGCUCUUCCACAUACUGAACAGAAUGAAUGAGAUAAACGAGAAUACAUCUAACUUAUUCUACAAAAGAUUAACUUAUUUGUCUGUAUCAUCAUGGGUCAAAAAUGAACAUAUGAAAUAGAAUAAUGAAUACUUUAAAAAACCUGAUAAAUAUUAUCCUUGGGUAUAAAAUCAUGGAAUUCAUCAGUCUUACAACUGAUUGUGGUUCCUACAAUUGUUCAGCUUCUUUAACAGGAACUCCAGAAAAAGGUAUCUGGAUGAAUUCUCAAGUAGGAAAGCCAAGUAAGAACAUUGUCAUUGCUUCUAGAGAACCAGAGGUACCAAAAGUCCCAAAUAUCACUGGGUUAAACAAAUGUCUGCCUUUUUUUCUUGAAAUAAUGAGGCCAACUGCUUCCUGUUUGAGCACAUGACUGCGUUCAGACAGCACAGCAAGUCGUGAUGUUUGUUUGUUUUUACCAUUGCUGAUCUGUCAUGUUGUCUUGAACCUGUUCAUGGUAUUUCACCAUGCUAAGUUUGCUUUGGACCGUAAGAAACAAUGGCCUGUUCUAUGGCUUCUCUGCACCACCAUGGCUUGUUGAACUGAGCAUCAUGGUUUCCAUGGUCCUGGUAUGCAACUACCGCAGAGUGCCCUAGAAAAAGUACUAACUGCAGAAUGGUUAGGGGACUGGAAACAAAGAUCUGUGAGGAGAGACAGAAAAAGUUGGACAUAUUUGGCCUUGAGGGAAAAAAACUGAGGGGAGAUAUGAUAGAAUUCUUCAAAUAGUUGAAUUAUUGUCACACAGAGGAGGGCUAGGGUCUCUUAAUCAUCUCAGAGUGGAGGACAUGGAAUAGUGGCUUCAAGAAGCCAGAUUUUGGCUGAACAUCAAGAAAAAACUUUCUGACUGUUACAGCAAUAUGUCAGUGGAACUAAUUACCUGGGAUGGUCAUGAGAUCUUCCUCACUGAAGGCAUUAAAAAUGCAACUGGACAAGCAUUUAUUAGGGAUGCUUUAACUUGGAGUCCUGCAUUGAGAAGGAGGUUGGACAUGAUGGACAUACUGGCCCCUUCCAACUCUUAUGUUUCUAUAAUUCUCUCAGUUCAUCCACACAAGCAUGAAACCUUCCUCAGAUCGCUCCCAGAUGCUUCUCUCAGUCUCCACAGGCAUCUGCUGGCUGGGUUGCCCUCCUCUUAACCCUUUCUGGUUUGUCUAUAUCUUUUGAUGCCCAGAAUGGGCAUAGUAUUCAAGAUGAGGUAUAACUAGUGCUAAGUAGAGGGGAACCAGCACUUCAUGUGAUUAGGAAGUGAAACUUAUAUUAAUGCAGUCCCAAGUAUUCAUGCUACCUGCCUGUACUCCUCCUCCUUGAUCCCCACAGUUGGCCUUAGCCCCCUGACCCCUCCAUUGCUUUCUUUAGUCCCAUUUUCCAGGUUACAAGAGUCACAUUUUUGGUCACCCUCUUUUUCUUGGUGGCUGGAUGCAGUGCAAAGAAAAGCAUCUGAUGCCCACUUUCUUCAUUUCUUAAGAAUGUCUCUUCACUGCACAUGUGGCCCAGGAGCAGUCACAGGAAUGAAAUUGGCAACAGUUGUGGACACUCAUUUUUUUCAAAGUGAUCCUAGAUUCUGGUACUAAAACUUGUUCAUUUUUUAAAAUUAAAAUGAAAAGGGUAGGACAUCUUAGCAGGCAUCAAGAAAGGUAUCUGGAGGCACACUUGUGCCUCCUGGCACCAUGUUGCCUGCUCUGUUUUUAGAACCGCUCUAUUGAGUGUCCCCAGACUACUGUAACUUAUUACUUAAUAAAACUACUACAACUACUUAAAAAUGAAGAAGAAAGUUGUAAGGUUGGUCCAUUUUAAAAGAAAGCAAGAAAGAGUCUACGGUACCAAGCCCAAGGUAGCCAAUGAAUUCCCAUCCCCAAAACAGUUUCCUAACACAUCCAGAGGACUCUGGAAGAAGCCUCUGGAAGUAUGCCUUUACUUGAAACCAAAGAUAUGUGGUACCUUUAAUCCUCUAAAUUGUUGCAGCAUAUCUGAGAAAGUUAUGCUGUUCUACAGAAGCAUCUAGGUGGUGCUAUCCUGUGCCUGGGAGAGGAAUUUACCUAAAAUGCUGCCUGUGGGCUUUCACUGACUUAAGGAAAUUUUUCCAUAUGUAGUCCGGUUAUUAUCUGAACAUCAGUACAUUCUAGUCCAUUGACCUGGUUCAGUCAGUGGUGUAAUAAGCCAGAAUAUGCAUGGCCUUCAUGAAAUCAUAUGGAGCCCCUUUGGUCCCACUUUGCUGCUGCUUUGCUCAAAUAGGGAAAUAAGCCAUGACUUCCUGGAACAUUCACACUGAAAAACUAUGGGUAAUGGUAUGCCAGGAUAUGAAGCCAUGGUUUAAAUUUGGCUUUUGAAUUCUGGAUUUUUCAACAAACUAUGAUCCAUACUUUCUGGAUAAGGUUUAAUUAAAAGCUAUGGUUAAGUGCAGAUUCCUGGCUUGCUUAAUCACUUGAAGAACUUAGAAGUGGGAUCAAAGAGGCUGCAUAUUUGUGCACAAAGCUCACGCAUAUCCUGGCUUAUUAAGUUUUGAUUAGAAGACAUGGAGAUUACAUUCUGUUAGUCUACAUUUGUUGUUAUUUUUGUUACAUGCUGUCAAGUUGUCUCCAGUUUAUGGCGACCCUAUGAAUGAAUGCCUGCCUGAAUGUCCUUUCCUUGACAGUCUUGCUCAGCUCAUGUAAACUCAAGGCUGCGGCUUCCUUUAUGGAAUUGAUACAGCUUAUGUUUGGUCUUCCUUUUCUACUGCCAUUGACUUUCUGUAAAAUUAUUGCCUUCUCCAGUGAGUCCUGCCGUGCCAUGAUGUGUCUGAUGUAUGACAGCUUCAUUUUUGUCAUUUUGGCUUCCAGGGCAAGUUCUGGAUUGAUUUGAUCUAGGAUCCACUUGUUUGUCUUUCUGUCAUUCCAGGGUAUUUGCAAAGCUCUCCUUCAGCACUAUGUUUUGAACACAUCAGUUUCCAUUCUGUCAGUUCUCUUUACUGUCUAGCUUUCACACCCAUACAUAGUGAAUUAGUCUGCAUACCUUUUGUAUUAUGUAUUAUAUUCAGUGGUGGUGGGGGCUAUUUUAAAAUCAGUAGGGUUCUCUUUGCCUUUUUCUAUGAACAUGGAGAGUCACCAGGUAGAAACCACGUAUUCAGACCAAACAAGAAACAGUAGUUACAGAACUGAACAGAGUUUUCCUAUGAGAUGAUCAGUAAAUUAAAAAUAAGCUAAUUACAAAUGGAUAAUUCUAACUUAUAUCAGUUCUACAUUGGAGAGCAUUAAUUGUAUAGCGACUUGAUUCUAAAUACAAAGCAUUCGCUAAUCCCAGCAGAACUGUUUUAUAACUGAAGACCAAGGCACACAAAUCCAUCAUACAGUUGGCAAACUAACAUUGAUAGUAUUUAUUAAACAAGUGUCAUAUAGUUUUUGCUUUACUGCAGACAACCACAUUUCAUAGUAUGUAUACAAUAAAUUAUCACUUGCUAUAUAUAUCUACAUUGUACACUGACAAGCAGAAUGGCUUACAGUGUUGGUCCUUAAAUACAAGAGUGGUUUCUUAGAUUUCCAGAAAAAUGAUGAAAAGAAAAUAUUUACAUCCAUAUUGGCAGAUUCCCCAUGUAUAUUCAACGUGAAUGCUGGUGCUUAUAAACGUGAACCAAGACUACCCACAAACCAGAGCAAGUCUAACUAACAAUUCUCGGAUUGUGAGCCUGUUGACACAAUUGGAGAAGAUAAAUGCAGAAUGUUUAGUGGAGGCAGAUACCACCAGAUAUGUUACAUCAAAAAUUCUUCACCUGGCUCAAAGUCAAGAAAAAAUCAGGAAGGAAAUGACUGCCAAAGGUUCAACAGGAGUAGAAAUUCUUCUCUCAACUUUAGAGAAUACAAGAGACCUCCAGACUACACUUAAUAUUUUAAAUAUACUAAUUGAAUUGGUGGCAGUAGGCAGUAGUCGUAGAACAAGUGCUCUUGUUUCCAGAGGAGGGACACAGAUCUUAUUGCAAUUGCUUGUGAAUGUCAGCAAAGAAUCACCACCAAAUGAAGAAUUAAUGGUGCUACUUCAUUCUCUUCUUGCAAAAAUUGGUCCAAAAGAUAAAAAAUUUGGAGUUAAAGCCAGAAUUAGUGGUGCUUUAAAUAUUACUCUAAACAUAGUGAAACAAAACUUGCAGAAUCAAAGACUAAUACUGCCUUGUCUCCAAGUGUUACGAGUAUACUCAACUAAUUCUGUAAAUGCUGUGUCAUUGGGUAAGAAUGGAGUUGUGGAGUUGAUAUUUAAGAUAAUUGGUCCUUUUAGCAAGAAGAAUACUGGUCUUAUGAAGGUUGCUUUAGAUACCCUUGCUGCAUUGCUAAAAUCAAAAACAAAUGCAAGGAGGGCUGUAGACAGAGGUUAUGUCCAAGUACUUUUGACAAUUCAUGUAGACUGGCACCGUCAUGAUAGCCGGCAUAGGCACAUGUUGAUCCGCAAGGGAAUCUUGCAGUCUAUUAAAAGUAUUACAAAUAUCAAGUUGGGAAGAAAAGCAUUUCUUGAUGUCAAUGGGAUGAAAAUUCUGUACAACACUUCUCAGGAAUGCCUUGCAGUUAGAACUCUUGAUCCACUAGUCAACACUUCCAGUUUAAUAAUGAGAAAAUGCUAUCCUAAAAACCGUCUUCCAUUACCAACCAUUAAAAGCGCUUUCCAUUUCCAACUACCUGUCAUCCCUGUUAAUGGACCAGUGUAUCAGCUGUAUAGCUUACCACCCGAAGUGGAUGACGUAGUAGAUGAAAGUGAUGACAAUGAUGACACCGAAACAGAAUCUGAGAUAGAAAAUGAUAAUGAAGAUGACAUAGAUCAACAUUUUAAGAAUGAUGAUAUAGAGACUGAUAUUAACAAAUUGAAACCAAAGCAAGAAUUGGGAAGACCAAUAGAAGAUUUGAAGAUGUAUGAACAGUUUUUUCCAGAACUUAUAGAGGACUUUCAGGAAUAUGACCUAGUUUCCAAGGAGCCAAAGCCUUUCUCUACCAGUGUUGCCCUCGGAGGUCCCAUUGUUGUUCCUACUGCUGGAGAGGAGCAGUCUCAGGCAAAUGAUGCAGCAGAAAUGCCUGUGAAAGAUAAUCAUCCUCUACAAACAGAGGAUUGUAAUAAAAGACCAAUCUUUUUGGGUCUGGUACAGACUGAUAGUAACAUUGACAAUAACUUACAGCAUCAGAGUGAUCACAUAAAGUUGCUUUCAUCAUGUCAGUGCCUAAACCAUGAAAUAGUCAAUGACUUUGACAGAAUUUCUUUGCAAAAUACUCCAAGAAAUGAACAGUCUUACACUGCAAGGGCUGUGACCAAAAAAGAAUGUAAAGCUAGCCAAAGUGAAAUUACCUGUAACAAACCUUUUCAGCAUGUUUCAUCCUGUGGAAGUGUUUUGUUUGAGGGACGCUCUGUCCAGCUGGGAAAGCUGUGCUGUUCUGGACCAGAUCCUGAAGAAGAGGAUGUUUCCUGCUCAAUUUCUGUGGGAGAGCAAGUCAUUGUUGAUGUGCCUGAUGCAUUACAACUGCAUGAUCCAGACCUUUAUAUUGAGGUAGUGAAAAUGACAAAGUCUGUUCCUGAAUAUUCAGAAGUGGCAUAUCCUGACUAUUUUGGGCACAUUCCACCUCCAUUUAAAGAACCCAUUCUUGAAAGACCCUAUGGUGUGCAGAGGAAGAAGAGAAUGGCUGCCAGUCACAUGCGAACUCUGAUGACAAAAAUUGCCCAAGAUAUUGAAAGACUGAUUCAUCCUAAUGAUAUCAUAGACAGAGUUGUUUAUGACCUUGAUAAUCUCAAUUACCUUGUGCCAGAUGAAGCUGAUGUCUUGAAGUUUAACUCCAAAUUUGAAUCUGGAAAUUUACGCAAAGUUAUUCAGAUCAGAAAAAAUGAGUAUGAUCUCAUUCUGAACUCUGAUAUAAACAGCAAUCAUUAUCACCAAUGGUUUUACUUUGAAGUCAGUGGAAUGCGGACAGGCAUUGCUUAUCGAUUUAAUAUAAUCAACUGUGAAAAGACAAAUAGUCAGUUUAAUUAUGGAAUGCAGCCCCUCAUGUACUCUGUUCAAGAGGCAUUAAAUGGCCGUCCCUGGUGGAUUCGUGUAGGAAUUGAUAUUUGUUACUACAAGAAUCAUUUUUCAAGAAGUUCAAUUGCAGCGGGUGGACAGAAGGGUAAAUCGUACUACACAAUGACCUUCACAGUCAGCUUCCUACAUAAGGAUGAUGUUUGUUACUUUGCUUACCAUUAUCCAUAUACAUACUCAGCUUUAAUGAUGCAUCUCCAAAAAUUGGAAUCUACACACAAUCCUCAGCAGGUAUAUUUUCGACAAGAUGCUUUGUGCGAGACUCUCUCUGGAAACAGCUGUCCUAUUGUCACUAUAACAGCUAUGCCGGAAUCAAAUUACUAUGAACAUAUUUGUCAGUUCAGAAAUCGUCCUUAUAUUUUCUUAUGUGCUCGUGUACAUCCUGGAGAGACUAAUGCAAGCUGGGUUAUGAAGGGAACAUUGGAAUAUCUCAUGAGUAAUACUCCUGCUGCACAGAGCUUGCGUGAAUCGUAUAUUUUUAAAAUUGUGCCAAUGCUUAAUCCUGAUGGGGUUAUCAAUGGAAAUCAUCGCUGUUCUUUAAGUGGAGAAGACUUGAACAGACAAUGGCAAAAUCCAAACCCAGAUCUGCAUCCCACGAUUUAUCAUGCCAAAGGCCUGCUCCAGUAUAUGGCUGCUAUAAAACGUUUACCAUUGGUUUUUUGUGAUUAUCAUGGUCAUUCUCGCAAGAAAAAUGUGUUUAUGUAUGGCUGCAGCAUCAAGGAAACCAUGUGGCAUACUAAUGUUAGUGCUGCCUCUUGUGAUCUGAUUGAAGAUCUUGGUUAUAGGACUCUUCCUAAGAUUCUGAGUCAGUCAGCCCCAGCAUUCUGCAUGAGCAGCUGUAGUUUUGUGGUGGAAAAGUCCAAGGAGUCGACAGCACGUGUUGUUGUCUGGAGAGAGAUAGGUGUUCAGAGGAGUUACACCAUGGAAAGCACAUUAUGUGGAUGUGAUCAGGGAAAAUACAAGGGCUUACAGAUUGGAACACAUGAACUGGAAGAGAUGGGAGCCAAAUUCUGCUCUGGUUUAUUGCGUUUGAAAAGAUUGACAUCACCGCUGGAAUACAACCUGCCAUCUACCCUCUUUGACAUUGAAAAUGAUUUGAUUGAAUCAAGUUGUAAAGUGACAAGCCCCACUACAUAUGUUUUGGAAGAAGACGAACCUCGCUUCUUGGAAGAAGUGGAUUAUAGUGCAGAAAGCAAUGAUGAGCCAGAUGUCGAUUUGGCAAAUAAUGCUGGGGAUUUUGAGCCCUGUCUUCAAGAAGAUGGACUUUCUGACUCUGAAAUUACAAGGACACAUAUGCCUUGAGAGAUCCUUGCAACCUAAAGACAAAAUACUGUGGCUUAUUUAACAUGGACAUGGUGGGUUAUUUAAUUUUGGGGCGUUGCACAAGCAAAUUAACUGCAGUCAGUCUAGUUCAAAAACAAUAAAUGUUUCUGGCUUUUAAAUGGAUCGACACCUGUUUUAUUUAAAUACUUUAGUUCUUAUCCUUUGCAUUGAAAUUGAUGUAUGAUCUGAUGCCCUGCUAAAUAUUUUUGCAUGGCUCUUUGUGUUCAUCCCUAUAGUCACCAAACAAUUAAAAAAAAAAAUGGUACAUCAGAGGACAGAAGCUAAGCCUUUUUCCUUGGGGCAGUGGCUGCUGGGAUAGUUACUAAAAUGCCACAGAGUUUUAUUGAAAUGAUCAUGUGUAUGCUAAAACUCUUUUCUUUCAGAUUUUGUGGUUUGUGUUUUGUCAUAAUGCAGGGUUUGUUCUGCAACAGUUUAUUUUGCACUUAAAUUUAAAGCAGGAUGUACUGACUGGUGUACAUCUUGAGCCUUAAAUAAAAUGUUGUUACAUUCUUGAA